UAACUUUCCUCCACUUCACUGCCUUUUACUUGAGUGCGUUCUGAGAGAGAAAAAAUAGCAUCUUUUUGAGCUAAGAGAAACAGAGGGAGAGAGAGAAAGAGAGAGUGAACUAUGGAGGGUAAGGAAGAAGAUGUUAAGGUUGGAGCAAACAAGUACUCAGAGAGGCAACCCUUGGGCACAUCAGCUCAGACAGACAAGGACUACAAAGAGCCACCCCCAGCUCCUUUGUUUGAGCCAGGGGAGCUUUCCUCAUGGUCCUUCUACAGGGCUGGGAUUGCUGAGUUCAUAGCCACCUUUUUGUUCCUCUACAUCACCAUCUUAACUGUGAUGGGUUAUAACAAGUCUACAAAUAAGUGUACAACUGUGGGUAUCCAAGGAAUUGCUUGGGCCUUUGGUGGUAUGAUCUUUGCACUUGUUUACUGCACUGCUGGUAUCUCAGGUGGACACAUAAACCCAGCUGUGACCUUUGGGCUCCUUUUGGCAAGGAAGCUGUCCCUUACAAGAGCAGUGUUUUACAUAAUCAUGCAGUGCCUGGGAGCUAUCUGUGGAGCUGGGGUUGUGAAGGGUUUUGGACCAACCUUUUAUGAGGGCAAUGGUGGUGGAGCCAACGUUGUGAACCAUGGCUACACCAAGGGUGAUGGCCUUGGAGCUGAGAUUGUUGGCACUUUUGUCCUUGUCUACACUGUCUUCUCUGCUACUGAUGCCAAGAGAAACGCCAGAGACUCUCACGUCCCUAUUUUGGCUCCACUUCCCAUAGGGUUUGCUGUGUUCUUGGUUCACUUGGCUACUAUCCCCAUUACAGGAACUGGUAUUAACCCUGCCAGGAGUCUUGGAGCUGCCAUUAUCUACAACAAAGACCAUGCAUGGGAUGACCACUGGAUCUUCUGGGUUGGACCCUUCAUUGGAGCUGCUCUAGCUGCUGUGUACCACCAGAUAGUUAUCAGAGCUAUUCCUUUCAAGGCCAGGGAUUAAGAAUCUUCCCACUUUGAAGCUUCUCCUCACAUCAUCUCUUUUUAUUUUUAUUUUCUUCUACUCUUUUCUUUGAUGUGCAUUUUUCUCUCUCCCCCUAAUGUGCAUUUGGUGUUAAUGUAUUAAUUGUGUGUAAAUUAUGCUGUAUUAAGUUUGUGACGGCUUUUAAUGGAGAGUUCUUUAAUGUUUAUGCAACAUUACCUAAUUUGCUACUUUGCUUGCUGUAAUAUACAUUACGUUUUGUUCUUUCUCA